UUCAUUACUAUAGAUGUGUGGUGUACUAUGUCCAUAAUAAGCUCAUAUUAGAAAUAUCGAUCGUAGUGAUCGUGUAAGGAUCCUGUAAGGAUCGUUCAUCGUUGUACACAGGUCACAGACAAGUAAAUAAAUAGUGGUAGGCGGUAGCGAUAUUCGGUGGAGUUUCGGUAUUUGCGAAAAACUAAAAUGGCUGAGGCUGGAGAUUUGCAAGAAGAGAACGACGUUGUGAGCGACCCCGGUAUUUCCCCGCCCCAGCAGAGAAGAAUGGUUUAUAGACAUGUCUUUGGGGAUGAUAGAAUGAUUCCUCCCUUAUAUAGUCUUACUGCAUCUGCUGAUGAAUUUGAGCCAUAUAGCAAAGAAAUUGAGUUCAACAAAAAUUCAGUUUGCGGAAUUAAUGAAUGCCUCACAACCGACGCAAAGAGGCUUUGUAUAUUUGACUUAUCUCUGAAACUGACGAGAGCCGAUCAUUACGAUAUUGGUGGAACAUAUUAUCACGAUCUAAAGCAAAUAAAACCAGAGCUAUGGUUCUACUACACAACAUCAGUAUGCCCCCAGAGCAAUUUUCUCUUGAACUUAUUUUUUAGUUUCCGAAAAGGGGGAUUCGCCUCUAUAGGCAUUAGUGAGUCAAAUACUAUAACAAAGCAAAAGCAUUCUGGUGAAGCUAAAUUACAAAACUUGACUCUUUCUGAAAAUUUAUUCUGGAAGGCCUUCAAAUCAAAUGAAAAACAAGAGAGCCAUCAUUUGAAGACCUAUUGUUUCACCAAGCAAGACUUAAAGGUUUUAGUCAAGCAAACUUUCUGCAUUCCGAUAAGGAUUAAAAUCUCUAAUAACAUGAGUGUCGUAGAUGCAGAUGUAUUGUUGAGAAUUAAAAGAAGUCACAACCUCUCAAGUCUGUUUAAGAGGCAAGAGGACACGGAUUUUAUAUUGGAAUCAAUGAGUGGGACGAAAUACCAAGUUCAUAAAAUACUGUUAGCUGCGGUAAGCUCAGCUUUGCGGGGAAAAUUGAAGGAGUCCAAUGGUGUUUCUCUAUUCCUUGACAUCGAUGAUUGCGCUAUGGAACAGUUCCUCGAAUACAUUUACACUGGCACCGUAACAAAUAUAGUGCAAGAUAAUUGGUGCCAGCUAAUUGAGUUGGCGAACCAAUUUAAUCUGAACAAACUAUUUGAGGAGGUCGAAAUUGCGAUAAUCCAGCAGAUUUCCAUAGACAAUGCCAUCGCCAUCGCAUUGAUGUCAGAGAAAUACAAGUUGGAUAAAAUUCAAAAGAGAAUUUUGGAUUUCAUUCGAAGUGAGCCGAAAGUACUGGACAGCGAAGGCUGGAAUAAUUUGAACGAUGUACAGUUGACGAAGAAAUGGUUGAAAGAACUGUACCGUGAGGAUGUCCCUGACUAAUUAUGUUAUUAACCAGUCCAAGCUUAUAGCUGUAAGUAUUGGAUAGAAUAUUGUUAUACGGAAAGUCAUGGUUACACAAAAACUUCAUAACUUAAUUUGCUAUAAUCUCUAUAUACAUACAAAUAAAUCUGUUGAAUUAAUAUUAUACUAUAAUUGUAAAAAUGAUUAUGCUUUGCCAGUUUAUUUAUUACUUAUUUUUGUGCCAAAAUUACAACAGAAGCAGCAGCAGAAGCAGAAGAAUUUCAUGUAUUUACUACAUACUUGGAAAAAUUUAUGCAUAGAGUAUACGUAGGUAAGAUUUUUAAAUGUGAAAUUUAAGUUCUUUCACUAUUCCUAUUGUAGGUUUUGCUCUGAUGCGGGUAUUAUCCAACAUGCCAAUCUGCAUUGGAGCAUAGUUGCUCUAUAUAUCUCUCUCCUAUUCGAAGACUCUUCCCAGCACUGGGACAUUUAUUAAUGUGAUAUUUAUGGCUAAUAAAUAAUCAAUGAACACAUAGUCUACUUGGAUUACGGUUUGUUGCUAAAACUGCAUAAAUGUAUUUAUGAACUUCCAAUUUCAAAUUCAAUUUAUUCAGCACAAUACAUAAUGUUUCUUUUAUAAUCAUGAUAUCAACAGAUAGACGUCUGAUUUGAUCACGCAGAGAUAUUCCGAGCAUAGCUAUGACCAUCGCCCGCUCAGUGACUCUGAGCCUUCUUAUAAGGCCCAUAGUCAGCCAUAUCCCAGUUUGGUGAAAUUUUUCAUUUAAUAAAUAAAUUAUUAAUUUAUUUAUUUAUCGUCUUUUCCUAAUUCACUAGCAUGAACUAUCUAUAAUAUUUCGUUGCUUAACAUUGUUACAUGCAAUGUCAGCCGUUUUUAUAUAUUCUUAUUAUACAAAAGACCACAUAA